UAAAAGAAAAUAAUUGAAAUUUUGUUGAUCAAAAAUAUCAGAAUUUAAGGUUAAAUAUCGUUUUGUAAGCAAUUCACUUAUUUUUUUUCAUUAUAUGGUUUCUCAAAUAAUAAAUGGAAUAUGUAUCAUUUAUUAAUAACCGGUGAUCCAGGUAUUGGAAAGACUACAUUAAUAAAAAAAAUUAUAGGUGUUUUAAAAUCUAAAAAUGUUGAUUUUGAUGGAUUCUACACAGAAGAAAUUAGAGACGAUAAUAAUUAUAGAGUAGGAUUUGAAAUUGUGACAAUAGAUGGCAAAAGAGGGAUUUUAGCAAAAAAGGGAUGGAGCAAUCUAUCGUCAUUUAAACCAAAGGUUGGUCAAUAUACAGUACAUACGAAUGAAUUUGAACAGCUUAUAUUACCUAUAUUGGAAAAACCAAAAAAACUAUUGAUAAUAGAUGAAAUCGGUAAAAUGGAAUUAUUAAGCAAGAAAUUUGAAGAAUCAGUUUCUAAUAUUUUCUUUGAUAAUACUGCAGCUGUUAUAGCUACUGUUCCAUUGAAAGACCAAUUUUUUGUUAGGCAACUAAAAGAGAGGAAGGAUUGUCAUCUAAUUACAAUGACUCACUCUAACAGGAAUGCUAUUUUAGAGGAAAUAAAGGACUGGCUUAAUGGUAAUAAAAAAUUAAAAUUGUUUCUGUAAAAGUUUUUGUUUACUAAUCAUCUUCAUUUGAUUUUCAUAUACUAGGAAGAAAAUAAAAUAAACUUCCAUGUUAUUUCUUUUUAAUUUUUUUGCUUUUUAAACUGUGAUAAUCCAUAUAAAACACUUUACAAUUGUGAUUAUGGAUCUCCAGAAAGAUGGAGCUUUUAAAUAGUUUCAGCACUCUUAUAACAUGAGUAUAUAUACUAUGUCGGCUCUAGUGUACUACUUCCAAUUUUUGCCACCGGUGGCGCUGGUGUCUCAGCUGACAGAGAAAGCGUGACGUCACAGGGAGGCAGCGUAACGUAGUGACUCGUGCUGUCACUUACGACACAGCCAUUUUCAUUUCAAUAGUCCGCUAGAUGCUCUAGGUUGGUACGGGGAUGGAAGUGACGUAGCAUCGAAGUAUAGAAAUACCUGUGCUUAAAAAAACGACAACGUAAGGUCACCACGACAAAAUUGAAAUACGGGGUAUCUAAAAAGAAGUGACGUGCAAGGUGUGCCGACGUACGUGUAAGGCUAUAACGGGGUCGUUUAAUGUCAUAACGGUGUGACGUAGUGUUUUGUUAAUAAUGGCAGGGUAUAUCGUAUUUCUUGAUAACCGAACAAGUGACAUAAGACGAUAACGGCAACAUUGAAGUAUCGUUCAUACGGGGUUUGACGUACGUGUUUUGUUAAUAAUACCUUUACACAUUACGCAGGGCGGCACCGGUGCACACAUAGUAAAAAAAUUGUAGGAUUAUCACUAUCUAUACACACAAAUUAGAAUUAAAACUUUAAAUAACGACAACAAACCUUGACUCAAACCACUAAAAGCGAUAAUUGUAGCUGCUUACAUUAUUCAUUAUUAUCAUAUCAUAAUUAUUAUCUCGUAUAUGAUAAUAAAUCAAAGUACUACGAUUGGUCCAGGCCAACUGAUAUAGUGAUCAAAACAAAUAUUUCUCUAGUGUUAUGCAAAUGCUGUAUUAAAAGAAUCACAAACGAGAGACUUGCCACCCUGUCUGCUUUUUAUACAUUCCUAACGAAAGAAAACAAUAAAAUAUUGAAAAUUUUUUUAUUUCAUUAUAAAAACAUCAUAUAAAAAUAAUACAUUUGAUAGUGCACAAACACAUACAUUGUUUUAAUGAUAAAUAUAUUGUGGCUUGAAGUGUGCUAAAGGUCGGUCCAAUUCACAAAUAAAUGUAAUUUUCCCUUCCUUCAACAUAACCCAUAUCCGCAUUAGAUGCUUCAUCAAAUUACCAAAUAAAUGUAGAGGUCUCGCGCGAUCUUGUCUGAGUUAUGCCAAUCGAUGACUGUACAUUUUUUUGUAUCGGAGAUUCUAGCAGUAUUUCAAUGCAAAUGGACGUGGGUGACCCUAAUUUAAACUUGAUAAAAUCCCCUUUUAUAAUGGAUAUACCAGCAAGUGCAUGAAGGUUUUAAAUGUCAUUGUUUAUUACUACAUCACCAUUGGCUUUAUAAUGAUAUAUACUUGAAAUUUUACAACUGUUUGGAAAUAUGAACUCAAUUCCUCCAUUAUCCAAUACGUAAAAUUCCUCGUUCAAUUUGGUUUUUUGAUCAUUUAAACGAAGAAUAAAAUUUGAGUGAUAGGUAUUAGGCUGCCACAGAUAUAGAGGCGAUGAUUUAACUAUAUCACUCGAUGGAUUAUGGGUUGAUUUGCAAAGGAAAUGGCUACCAAAUUUGUUGCUAGUCAUUGUUUGAUGAUCUACGAACUACUGAUAUAAAAUUUUAAUUUCCGCCUUAUUUAUUGAAUUAUUCCAGCCUAACCAAGUAUUUCCAGCAGUCUGAGAUGCUACAAGUAAUUAUAAUCUUUCUACUAUUUCAUUGUAAUCAUCAAAGUAUGUAUAUUCAAUUGGUUUGGUAGUAUAUUCCAUCAACACUCUCACUCGUUGCUUUUCCUUUACCAAUACUGGUCGGAUAAUAGAAUUAUAUUUGACUUUGAUAUAAUCAGGAAAAAUUCUAAUUGGAAGAACAGGGUUAUUUUCACGAGGAUUUAUACUUGUCUGUACCAUCAGUAUCUCUUAUUAUCCCUUCAAUAUACUCCCUAGGAAGCUGUGACGUAUUAUUCUAAAUACUCUUAUAGCACUUUCGGAUCAUUAAUGGCUUGUUGAAAAUCACUAAUUGUAUCAUCUAUGUAUUCAUCCACUCUAGUACGAUCCGGUAAGUCAACGUCAUCAUUUCUAGUUUCAGAAGUAUCUUCAUUUCUUGACAAACUGGGAGGCUCCAUAAGUGUGCUGCUGACCUGCUCACUGGGGCUUACAUAUGCUAGUCUAUAAAACGGUCUAGUUGAUUGUCUAUAGGUCGAGCCUGGUGUAGUAUAGCUCUUCCAAUAUCAAUUACAGAAGACAGUUAUGCGAGUAUCAAUCAAUAUUUCAUAAAUACGCACGGCACUCAUACCAAAUUAAGAAAUGCAAUAUAAAGUUUACUACUCGUAUAAAGUUCAGUCAGUCCACGUGGACUCUGUUUACCAAUGAAAACAUCGAAUCGUAAACAUAAAUGCAUUUCUAUUGGCCUGUAUAUAUACAAUUUUUUCGAAAUAUUUCUGCUAGACAUUAGCAUCGCUGGGUAAAAUUUAUUUACUUCAUAAAUUUCUUUAAAUAAAUAGAAAUAUGGCGUUCUUUAGACCAUGGGCGAAUGAAGACAAUGAAAUUACACAGUGUAGUGAGAAUAAAGACAGGUCUGAAUUCAAUAAUAAAGAUUUAGAAAUACAAAUACAGCAAGCUAUUUUAAAUAUAUUCGAAUGUUUAAAAAAGAAAGAUAUUCAGCAAUUUGAUAAUGCAAUCAUAAUAAGAAUUGCUGAAUUGACUAGAGUAAAUAAAUUUUUUUAUUUAUCGAGUAUUCACUAAAGGGGUUGCUGUGGAUCAUUCAAAGAACCCAAAAACAUGUAAAGAAAAAUUGAAAUAAGUUUUCAAAGCUGCUUAAGAUUUUAUACGUAGGACAAUUUAUAGUUUAUAUAAGGAGAACACGGUUGCGACAUUAGAAGUAAUACAACAAAAGGUAGCAGAUUAUCCAGAAUACAAUCGUACCAGUUUAGAAACAUUGCGUAAAGUUUAGUCAGCAUGUGGUUUUAAACACAAAAAACUGAAUAAACGGAUGGCAAUUACCGAAUCGUCAAGGAUAGUUCGAUGGCGACAAGAUUAUUUGCGUCAGAUAGAAAACUACCGAAGUUCUAAUAGAUACAUAAUUUAUCUAGAUGAAACAUGUAGUAAAUUUCGGUUGGAUUGACAAUAGUCAAAAUGAAUGUUUGAAUGGGCCAUAUUCUAAAUGGAAACGCAUUAUAAUUAUUAAUAUCUGCUAAAAAAAUUAAAAACUGUUCAGCUGAUUAUCAUGAAGAUAUGACAGCAUAACUAUUUAAAAAGUGGUUUGAUGAACAGCUUUUACCUAACAUUCCACCACAGUCAAUAAGCGUUAUGGUCAACGCAACCUUUCACUCGUGGCAACU